CUCGCACAGAGUACCUGGGAACGACGCGGGAUCCCAUGGUCAGCUCUCUCCUGGGGUUUGCUGCUCGGAUGCGGCCUCAUUGGCUUCCGCUCCACGGAAAAGAAACUACGACGAAGGCCAACGAGGCUCUACCGGAUACUCGUUACGGAGGCC